UCCGAUACCUCUGCACUGUGAGGUCGACUUGCUAUACACUGGACCGCCCUCAACAAAUACAGUACAGUGCUUAAAAUUUGCGUUCCAGUCCCACGCUCCCUCGCAUCCGUACGGGCUUUAUUGUGAAAGAGUAAAGGGAAGUCUAAUGUGUUUCAGUCGCGAGUUUGGAUGGCUAGGCGAGACCACGGAAGUAUCACUGCAAAGGAAUGAAGCCACAAUAUUGGACGUCUGAUUAAAUAAAGAUGUCUGAAUUGCAUUUUCUCUUCUAUGAGAACCAUGACACUGUAAACACCAUGAUGACCUAUUCUGUUUCCAAAUGGCCAGAAGACACAACUGCUAAAAUAUAGUACAGCGCUUCACACCAGUUCAGAGUGUAGACAAUUAGCAUCAAGACUCAACAUUGCAAAUUUCCUUCAGUUUGCAUGAUAAAUUUAUUGUGGAAAGGCCCACUUUCCACCCACAUUGAUAUCAUAGGUCAAAUCUAAUAAGUUUCUUACCAAUUAAAAACAUGUUUUCUGCAUUGAAAAAGCUGGUGGGAUCUGAGCCGGGCCAGCUCAGGGACAAGAACAUUCCCGCUGGCCUGCAGUCCAUGAACCAAAGUUUGCAAAGACGCUUCGCUAAAGGGGUCCAGUACAAUAUGAAAAUCGUCAUCCGUGGAGAUAGGAACACUGGAAAGAGCACUUUAUGGUAUCGACUGCAGGGCAAAAAGUUUGUGGAAGAAUACAUCCCUACCCAGGAGAUCCAAGCUACAAGUAUCCAUUGGAAUUACAAAACUACUGAUGAUGUGGUCAAGGUGGAGGUAUGGGACGUGGUUGACAAAGGCCAAAAAUAUCCUCUUCCUGAAGGUGUAGGCAAAGGCAAAAAGCGUGGAGACAAUUUGAAACUUGAGAAUGAGCCACAAGAGUCAGACGAGGUAGCCCUUGAUGCAGAGUUUCUAGACGUGUACAAGAACUGCAAUGGCGUCAUCAUGAUGUUUGACAUCACCAAGCAGUGGACGUUUAACUACAUCUUAAGGGAACUUCCGAAAGUUCCCACUCAUGUACCGGUGUGUGUGCUGGGAAACCACAGAGACAUGGGUGAGCAUCGAGUCAUCCUCCCUGAUGACAUCAGGGAGCUAAUCGCUGGACUGAACAGGCCAAUGGGCUCAUCUUACAUCCAUUAUGCUGAAUCCUCGAUGAAGAACGGCUUUGGUCUAAAGUAUCUGCACAGGUUUUUUAACAUCCCCUUCCUACAACUCCAGAGAGAGACCCUUCUGAGGCAAUUGGAGACAAACCAGUUGGACAUGGAUGCCACCCUAGAAGAGCUUUGUGUGCAGCAGGAGACAGAAGAUCAAAAUUAUGAAAUCUUCCUGGAGAACUUGGAGUCCCGCAAUAAGGGCUAUGGCUCACCUGGUCCAGCCAACGGUCAGAGUCCCUCCUCAGGUUCCCAGUCCCCCAUAGUUGCUCCUAGUGGGGCCUCCACAGGAAGCUCCAGCCCAAGCACACCUCAACCUCCAAUCCCUUCGCAGCCACUCCCACAGUCGCCCACUGUGUUGCCUCCCUCGGCUCCAGAUCUGGCUGCUGCCGUUGGCAGAGCGGCCUCGCCUUCAGCUGAAUUAAAGUCUUCAGCUCAAUCACCAGAGCACCUUCAGUCCUCCGUUACACCGGUAUCAGCCCCCCAGAAACGCAGCUUCAUGUCUCGAUGGUUUGGCUCAUCGGCCGUCCCUGAGGCUUCUGUUAGCGCAUCAGAGGACCUACCUGCACCAGUGUGUCCUACUCUCGUACAAAGCGUGGAUGACUUUGUGCCAGAUGAUAGACUGGACAAGAGUUUCCUCGAGGACAGUUUGCCAUCAAAAACAAAGGUGCCUCAGGCAGCUCCAGCAGCGGACAGUGACAGUGAAUGUGACGACAGAGGAAACCCCAUGGUGUCUGGUUUCCAGGAUGAGCUUGAUCUUGAUGAUACAGGGCCCAACCUUCCACAGCCUAAAAUGCUGCCUCCCAGUCAAGAUACCAUUCUGACAAGUGAUGAGGAGGACCAAACACUAGUAGCCCCUUCUGUGAAAAAGGACCAGGACCUGGACAGUGAACCUGAACUGAAAACCUGCAUAUCCAAACCAAAGGUGGCAUCAAAGGCGUCAGAGCUCCGAGACCAUCCCACAGCUCCCAUCUUCCUCACUUUAAUUCCAACAGAAGAACAGCCCACCCAGCAGCAAGGAAAAAAGAAAGGGGUCUCGCCUAUUGCUGGAGACUCUGAUACAGACCCUGAAGGCCCGGUGGCCCACCAGAUGCUAUCUUUUGUGAUGGAUGACCCUGACUUUGAGUCUGAAGCAUUAGACGCACCGAAAAUAGCAAAGAGUACAUUCCCUGCAAGGGAUGAACUUCUGUCUGACCUCUCAGAUGAUGACUUGCACUCAGCCAAGGUGCCAAAACCGGUGAAUCCCACUGUGAUCUCCUUUAAACAACAGGACGUUACUGACCUUUUUGGCCUUGGCAUCCAAGAAGAACCUUCAGCAACCAAAGAGAGCAGUGAGGAGCAAGAAGAGAGAGAAAGCAAACAGUCGUCCAAAGACAAGAAGAAAAAAAAGAAGAAAAGUAAAGAGGAGGAUGAAAAGAGUAAGAAGAAACAUAAACACAAGAAAAAGGAAAAAGAUGACGUUGUUGACGACAAAGAGAAAAAGAAGAAGAAAUCGAGGACCAAGAAGACAGAAGUGGAUGAGCUGGAAGACUUCCUAGGAGGAGGGUCAAGUUCCGCCAAAAGAGAUGAUGGAGAUUAUGAAGAAAUAUAAGAUUUCCCUGUUUAUGAAUAAACUGAACCUGGGAACAACCGUGGCAAGGAGUGAGAUCACAACCUGGUUCCCUGACUUGUAUGUGCACAAAAAUGUAUCCCAAGCCAUACAAAAUGCACGAGGCUACCAACAACCACCAGGUACAAUUGGACACUCUGGAUGCGGCCCUGUUUGUUGACUGCACUUCUCUGGUGUCAUUCAUUCCAUUCGGUUAGAAACGGCAAGGAGAUGGGAAACUGACGAUCAGUAGAGCUGUAAUCUCUUCUUUUUUUUUUUGGGUGCUCUUUGUGGACAAUUGUGACUACCGGUAUUUCUUACUUUUCAAGAAAUCCACUUCCAGUUAGUCACUGUAGUCAGGGUGACCAUUCUGUCAGAAUCUUGGUGUAGUUGGAAUAAUGUUUUCCAGCAUGCUGGAAGUAACAAACGGCUCCCCUAUUCUCUCUGUCCUCGUACUGUUUUGCUUUGACGUGUAAAAGUACAACCCCCCCAGGUUUACACCUUUAAAGUUAAAAAGAACAAAAGGUUUUUCGAGCAAAAGCUAUCCUGCACAUCUGUACAACAACCUGCGGCAUUGUUCAGACUCCUUACAGCUAACAGUUUUUUUGUUGUAUUAUUUUUUUUUUAAAGAGCAACACGUUUCAUCAAUUUAAUUCCAGCUCGUCUUUGUCAUGCCAGUCAACAUGCAAGGGGAGUUGGAGACAAAUAUAUGUGCAUUCUUUUAAUCUUGUAUGGUGAUAUUGUAUAUAACUGGCCUAAAACAAAUCACCCCCAAGAAAAAUGAUUCAGUCUCAUUGUAAGAGCUGUUUCGAUUUUAAAUUAGCUGGCAUAAUUCUAAAAUUGGCUCAUUGUGGAUGUAGCAACACUGCAGUUGCCAGAAAAUGUGUGACAAAUCACAUCGUGUGGAAGAAUAUCACUGUACUCAUACAGUGAAACUCCUCCACAACGAAAUCAUGCUUGCAGCAAGAAAUGUUUCACAACAGAGGGGUUUUCACUGUAGCAAUUAUGAUCUCGAAUGAGGGUAUUUUCGCCCAUGUAGGUUUCGUUGUAGAGUAAUUUCACUGUAUUUAUUAUCACCUCCCCACCCCCUAAAAGAAAAGCCGCUACAUCUUUUCUCACAAGCAUUGUCUACAUCCAAACGUGUUUUCUUUUAAUGCCUUAACAGAGGUCACAAUGAACUGGUGUGCUGCUAUCAUGACUCAUUUUAAGUGUUCUUACUAUAAUUUGAGAUCUGACAUCAGAUUGGCACGUUUGCUGGGGAGGCUCACUGAUGAAAAACGGUUUUAAGGUUGCCAUGACUCGCUACACUUUGUUCUUUGUGUUCUUUUGUGCUGAUCUGUUUCUGCAUGUUGCAAUAUUUCGAUUUUCAAUGAUCUGAUGACUUAUUGUCGGAUUUGUUUUAGUACAGGAUGGCCUGGUUGUGUUGAUGACGUAUGGUAAAAACGCUCAAACGCAAUGCAGCUUUUCAUAUGUCACUGUGUACAGUGCAAUGUUUUCCUCCUUUGAAACGGUUUUGUUUGUUUCUACUCGUUAUAUGGCAUCAUUCGCUGUCAUUGCUUUGCUGUAAUUUUCAGGUCAGAAUGGCUGCCCAUAAUAGAAAUUACAUUUAUCCUAAGACUGUGUUGUCCAACAUACCCGUGGAGCACUAUAAGAUUUCUUAAAGUAUCCAGCUCAUCUCUCACCAUCUCAAGUUUACACUCUGUGGGUUUACCAAGUACCGGUAUGUUUAAUUCCACAGCUGAAACUUUACAGCAUUGAUCCAUUUUUUUUCUCUCUCUCUCUCUCCAUAUAAUUGAGUAAUGCUCAAAUCGGUUUCAAGCAAAGCAUGAAAUCUGUAUGUAUAGUGAGGAAAGAAUUUAUAAAUCAUGAAAAAUAAAUGACUAGUGUCACAGAUUUUCCAUGAACUUGUUAAACUGCAAAGAUGCAAGACAAUUUGUCCUGACAACAUCAUGUUUUAUAGAACUGACGUGCACUUUUAAAUGUUAUUUUAUUUUUUCAGGGAUCAGAUUUCUUCCAAAUUGUCACGCCAAUAACAUCACUCCCUAACUCUCAAACAUUGUAACAUCUGCACUACGGACUAUGGAGAGUUAAUUUUCUCCGAACAUCUGACUUGAAGGGCGUUAUGUUAUUAGUAUGACCAAAUGCAUAUACAGUAUAACAUUUUUUAAAUGAGUACCAUCAUUUCUUCCCUGCCCGACGACAUUUUCCAUCUUACACUGUGUGAGUUUGAUUAUGUUUGGUUUGUUCCAAUAAAUACAAACCUAUUUCUUCAGAA